UUAGUACAACUUUAGGAGAGCUUUCAUCACAUAGGCCUUCCUAUGGUUCAUCAUGCAGCUUCCCACGUUGAACAGCAGGCUAUAUAGACAAGAGGAGACUUAUGGGUAAAUGAGGCGGCUGUGUUUGCAUGUUGAUAUCAGAAGAGGGAGGAGAGAGAUCUAGCUCUGGAAGUGGAGUAUGUAGUGUACGAGGAAUCCACCCACCGACAAACCUUUGUUUUUGGGCAUGCAGGGAUAAAUACCCAUGUAGUGCAUGGGAGAAGAACUGGUCAUGGAAAGUUUAACGAUUCAUCACGCAAGCUAUUUUGGAGAACGCCAUUCUUACCCUGUAAAUUUGCCUACGACUAUGAGGCAGUCACAAAAUCCAUGUAAUUUGAGAGUUUCUAAAGUUGGAUUUUAAACACUGCGGACUGUUUUAGAAACACAUUUUUGAAAUUGAAGCAAAGCAUUUCGGAGCGCCCAAAAAGAGAAGGGGAGGGGGGUCAAAGAAAACGCCCUGUUGCUGAAUCUUCUAAAAAUGCUAACUUAAUCGCCGUGUGGACCAUAUAGAACAUUUAUAUUGAAUAUAUUACCAUAAGUUGUUACCUUCUUUUGCGUUUAACAACAUCUCCUAACUAAUUGGCAAGUUUGAGGAGCGGCACUUCUCCCUUCACGGUGGAUUAUGUUUUCCCCUUCACUGUGGACACUGUAAUUCCGAAGCGAUUUCAGAGGGCGGUGAGUCGGAGGCUGCUAGGCCCACGGCGAUUGCUCAAGAACAAAAAUAUUUUUUCUCAUGUAAACUCUUAAGACUUCUCAUAAGGCUCGUCUUAUAUGUAAACGAAACGGGCAUUCAUCAAUCGCAAAGAUGUCGCUUGGUGCAGAGAGAAGGAUGGAAAACCGGUUGAAAAAGCUGGAGGCCAUGAUCAAAGAUCCAAGAUCUGCGAUAAAUUUAGAAAGUUUACUGGAUUCUAUCAAUGCCUUCGUUCUAGAUCUGGACUACCCUGCCCUACGGAAAAACAAAAACAUAGAAACCUUUUUAAACAGAUAUGAGAAGGUGAUGGGGCACAUACGGGAGUUUCAGAUGAGGUCUGAGGACUUUGACAGGGUGAAGGUGAUCGGCAGAGGGGCGUUUGGUGAGGUUCAGCUGGUUCGACACAAAGCCUCUCAGAAAGUGUAUGCCAUGAAGUUGCUGAGCAAGUUUGAGAUGAUCAAACGAUCUGACUCUGCCUUCUUCUGGGAGGAGAGGGAUAUUAUGGCCUUCGCCAACAGUCCCUGGGUCGUACAAUUGUGCUGUGCCUUCCAAGAUGACCGUUACCUCUACAUGGUGAUGGAGUACAUGCCUGGAGGGGACCUGGUGAACCUCACCAGUACCUACGAUGUGCCUGAGAAGUGGGCCCGGUUCUAUACGGCCGAGGUGGUCAUGGCACUGGAUGCCAUCCACUCCCUGGGCUUCAUCCACCGCGACGUCAAGCCUGACAACAUGCUCCUGGACUGCCACGGACACCUCAAACUGGCAGACUUCGGAACCUGCAUGAAGAUGGACUCUACUGGGAUGGUGCACUGUGACACAGCGGUUGGCACUCCAGAUUACAUCUCUCCUGAGGUUCUGAAGUCGCAGGGUGGAGAUGGUUACUAUGGACGGGAGUGUGACUGGUGGUCUGUAGGGGUCUUCAUCUUCGAGAUGCUAGUUGGUGACACACCGUUCUAUGCCGACUCCCUUGUUGGAACCUACAGUAAGAUCAUGGACCACAAGAAUUCGCUCAACUUUCCAGAUGACGUAGAGAUCUCCAAAGAUGCCAAAAACUUAAUCUGUGCCUUCUUGACAGACAGGGAGGUACGACUGGGCCGCAACGGGGUGGAGGAGAUCAAACGACACCCCUUUUUCAAGAAUGACCAAUGGAAUUUUGACAGCAUUAGAAACACGGCCGCUCCUGUGGUUCCAGAAUUGAGCAGUGACAUUGACACCAGUAACUUUGAUGAGAUAGAAGAUGACAAGGGUGACGUGGAGACCUUCCCUACUCCUAAGGCCUUUGUGGGCAACCAGCUUCCCUUCGUCGGCUUCACAUACUUCAAGGAGGACCAGUUACUAAGCGGUGUGAAUAACUCAACAGUUGUGACUGUGAACUCAACAGCCUUGAAAGGAGAGGAUAUUGUGAUGUCGGCCAAGCUGCAGAAGAAACUCCACCAGCUGGAAGAGCAGCUCAAUAAUGAGAUGCAGACCAAAGAUGAGCUGGAACACAAGUGCAGAACUGCCACCAGUCGUCUAGAGAAAACCUCCAAAGAUCUUGAUGAAGAAAUGAGUAGCAGGAAGGCUCUGGAGUCGAGUCUGAGGCAGCUGGAGAGAGAGAAGGCUCUACUGCAGCACAAGACUGUGGAGAGCCAUCGCAAGGCAGAGAGCGAAGCAGACAGGAAACGCUGCCUGGAGAACGAGGUCAACAGCCUACGAGACCAGCUGGACGAAAUGAAGAAGAGAAAUCAGAACUCACACAUAUCCAACGAGAAGAACAUUCACUUACAAAGACAGCUGGACGAGGCCAAUGCUCUGUUGCGUGCGGAGCAGGAGGUGGCCACAAGGCUGAGGAAGGCCCAGACGGAAACAGGCAAGCAGCUGCAAGCUCUGGAGGCCGGGGGCAGAGAGCUGCAGGACAAGUGCUGCCUGCUGGAGCGCUCCAAGCUCACGCUGGAGAAGGAGUUCAUCGGGCUGCAGGCAGCACUGGAGGCUGAGAGGAGAGAACACUGCCAGGGCUCUGAGACCAUCACAGACAUGCAGGGGCGAAUCUCGGGGCUGGAGGAUGAGGUUUGGCAGGUGAGACAGGCCCUUUCCAAGGCAGAGACCGAGAAGAGACAACUACAGGAGAAACUCACAGAUCUGGAGAAGGAGAAGAACAACAAGGAGAUAGACAUGACGUACAAGCUGAAGGUGUUGCAACAGGGGCUGGAGCAGGAGGAGGCAUCACACAAAGCCACCAAGGCACGUCUCGCGGACAAGAGCAAGAUUGAGUCGAUCGAAGGCGCCAAGUCUGAGGCCAUGAAGGAUAUGGAGCAGAAGCUGCAAGAGGAGAGGGCAUCCAAGCUGCGUGUGGAGAACAGGAUGUUGGAGCUGGAGAAACACAGCAGCAUGCUGGACUGUGACUACAAGCAGUCCCUGCAGAAACUUGACGAGCUUCGCAGGCACAAGGAGAGGCUCACCGAGGAGGUGAAGAACCUGACCCUGAAGAUCGAGCAGGAGACCCAGAAGCGCAGUCUUACCCAGAACGACCUGAAGGCCCAGAACCAGCAGCUAAAUGCCCUGAAGACCUCUGAGAAGCAGCUGAAACAGGAGGCCAACCACCUUCUGGAAAUCAAACGCAGCCUGGAGAAACAGAACCAGGAGCUACGCAAAGAAAGGCAGGACUCAGAUGGCCAAAUGAAGGAACUUCAGGACCAGCUAGAGGCUGAGCAGUAUUUUUCGACGCUGUAUAAGACCCAGGUGCGGGAGUUGAAGGAUGAAUGCGAAGAGAAGAGCAAGCUCUACAAGGACAUGCAGCAGUCACUUCAGGAGUUACAAGAGGAGAGGGACUCCCUGGCGGCGCAGCUGGAGAUCACGCUGACCAAAGCAGACUCGGAGCAGCUGGCUCGCUCCAUCGCUGAGGAGCAGUACUCAGACCUGGAGAAGGAGAAGAUCAUGAAGGAGUUGGAGCUCAAGGAGAUGAUGGCCCGACACAAGCAGGAGCUGGGCGAGAAGGACAUCACCAUCUGCUCGCUGGAGGAGGCCAACCGAACCCUCACCAGUGACGUGGCUAACCUAGCCAAUGAGAAGGAGGAGCUCAACAACAAACUCAAGGAGACACUUGAAGAGCUGCAGAUGUCCAAGGAUGACGAACAGCAGAUGAGCCAGAUGAAGCUCACGUUUGAGAAGCAGCUCCAGUCAGAGAGAACACUGAAGACCCAGGCUGUGAACAAGCUGGCGGAGAUCAUGAACAGGAAGGAGGUACGUGCCGCAGGCAGUCGGCGCGGCAACGACACUGACGUACGCAGGAAGGAGAAGGAGAAUAGGAAGCUGCAGCUGGAGCUGAGAUCGGAGAAGGAGAAACUCAACUCUUCCAUCAUCAAGUACCAGAGAGAGAUCAAUGACAUGCAGGCGCAAAUAGCGGAUGAGAGUCAGGUACGUAUUGAGCUGCAGAUGGCCCUGGACAGUAAGGAUAGUGACAUAGAGCAGCUACGUAACCUCCUGAGCUCCACCAACGUUUCCUCCCUGGAAUCAGCCAGUAUCAACAGUGGACCAGACUUUGAUGCGGACGACGCCUACACAGAAAUGAGACUAGAGGGAUGGCUCUCACUGCCGGUGAGGAACAACACCAAGAAGUUUGGAUGGGAGAGAAAGUAUGUGGUUGUGAGCAGCAAGAAGAUCCUGUUCUAUAACAGCGAACAGGACAAAGAGCUAUCCAACCCCUAUAUGGUGCUGGAUAUCGAUAAACUCUUCCACGUGCGACCUGUCACUCAAACAGAUGUUUACCGUGCUGACGCCAAAGAGAUCCCUAGGAUAUUCCAGAUUCUGUACGCCAACGAGGGAGAGUGUAAGAAGGAGCCUGAGUUCCCAGUGGAGCUGGCAAGUGGAGAGAAGUCCAGCUACAUCUGCCACAAGGGCCACGAGUUCAUCCCUACGCUCUACCACUUCCCUACCAACUGUGAGGCGUGCACCAAGCCCCUGUGGCACAUGUUUAAGCCUCCUCCUGCCCUGGAGUGCAGGCGCUGCCACAUCAAGUGUCACAAGGACCACAUGGACAAGAAGGAGGAGAUCAUCGCGCCCUGCAAAGUGAACUAUGAUGUGUCCAUGGCCAAGAACUUGCUGCUGCUGGCUGUGUCGCAGGAGGAGCAGCAGGAGUGGGUGGGACGACUGGUCAAGAAGAUCCCAAAGAAGCCGCCGGCCCCCGAGCACUUUGCCCGCUCCUCACCCCGGGUCUCCAUGAAGGUCCAGCCCAGCCAGUCCAUGAGGCGGCCCAGCAGACAGCUGCCCCCCAGCAAGAACAGAUUGCUCGACUUUGGCCUACAGGACUGGCAUUGGGAGUUAGAUGAUAUCGAUGAUGAUGAUGCUUUUGAUUUCUGAUGAGCAGAUAGGGUGAAAGCCUAGUUAACCUUACUUGGGAAUGUGGUGCUGGUUCGAGGUGGUGGGUGUUUCCUCCUAACACGCAAUCAAAAGACUGAUAACAAACAAUGUUCCACUUGGCAUUUCCUCCAUGCACAACUUUGAUUGCACUUCACUCUUCCAGAAGACUUCUAUCUAUUCCACUUCCGCCUUGUCUUUUUUGCCAGUCACUUCAACUGCUAGUCUCCUGAGAACAAUGUGCCAACACAACUACUUGUCGUCUGUGUGCAUACGAAGAGCAACUUCUCUCCAGGUUCCUUAAGGAGGGGGUGAGGCCAGGGGAUGUCGAGGAUGGGAAGGGCUUUGGACUUUGUAUCCCGAUUUUCACUCAACACAGAACAGCAGCCUCAUUUAAGCUAAACGACAUGUGAGAGCAGUGGGCUGAAGCACUUACCUUGACAACACUUAAGAAAUCCACAUUGGAAAAAGCAGAGAUCAAGAGAUGAGGUUUGAGGUGAUCUGCCAACCUGAAUGUUCGUGGCAAAGACAAUUCUUUCAAUAAUACAGUUCACGAUUACAAGCCAUCGUAAGUAUCUAGUGCAGAACACUACGCCCACAAGGAGAACUAUACUGUAAACUGGUAGGUGGAUAGAGCUGAAGUUCAGAUGCUAACACUUACCUAAUAGCACUUCACCCUGGCAUUGCCUUAAUGUACUUACACCAUGCAGCAUGACAAUUUAUAAGAAGGAGAUGUUUAAUGCACCAGCUGAAUGCAACAUUAAUACCAUAGCUUGACUCCUUCAUUGUUUGGAUGUACAUCUGAGCAAACCAGAGAUGAAGCACGAGUAUUGUAUGACUUAGAAAUUAUGCUGUUUAUUUUCUAUUCAAAAUCUACUUGGAGGGCCCCCUGACCAUCUUCAAAAUCAUCUGUGUGCUGUUGCCUACAUGUCUUUUCUUUUGGGAAGUCCACCCAUAGUAAGAUUUCUAUUUUUCUCCAUGGAAGAGGGGAACAUCAAGUUUACUUAUCUUUGUUUAAAUAAAGAUGGAAAAAGUCUCUACAAAUGUAUUCAUUCACAAGCUGAAAGUAUUGAACAGUAACAUGUAAUGGAAGCUUUUUGAAUGUUUCUGAUAUUUUUGUAAAGAAUUCCUCUUGGCACGUGGUGUGCAUCUGGCUCAUAUUUCAGGUGGAGAGUGAUGUGCUCUCCUUUAUUCAAGCUUCUGAAAAGCAUGUUUUAUACAUAUAAAUAUUAAUAUACAAUAUUUUACAUGACAUACAGUGCACAUUGUAUUAUUUAUACUGCCUUGUCCACUUUUGUAUUUAAAGGCGCUUCAUCCAGAAUGCAUGUUUGAUAUUGCUACAAUAAAGAAACGUAUGUGCCUUCUGGUUUAGGUCA